GAGGUGGCACUGGAAUUGCAAACAGCCUUGGAGAUGCUGGCACGCCAUGGGUUGAUGCAGUGGGAAAUUAGCAUUCUCUUCUUUUUGUGCCGCACUUCUUUACUAGAAUCUCAUAGUGUUAGACUUCAUUUUUGACCACUGUGGAACAAUGAGCUGAUAAUUUCCUGAAUGGUUAUGAGUGAGAUUGCCUCUGUUCAAAGGAACGAUAACAUACCAGGAAUACACAAGGUCUAUACUGUUCACCCAGACUAAGCAAAGCUUUCACCUAAAAGAAAUAAAAUAAACAUGGCAGAAUUUACAGGUUACAAGGAAACCUCAAAUCGGCACCUACGUUUCAAGUUGCAGAGCCUCAGUCGCCGCCUUGAUGAACUGGAGGAAGCAACCAAAAAUCUGCAGAAAGCAGAGGAUGAACUGCUUGACCUCCAGGACAAAGUUAUCCAGGCAGAAGGCAGCAACUCCAGCAUGCUGGCUGACAUCGAAGCCCUGCGGAAAAGAGUCCUGAAGAUUGAAGGCAAGGAUGAAGAAAUUAGGAAGGCUGAAGAACUUUGCAGAUUAAUGAAAGAAAAACUUGAAGAGGAGGAGAGCCUCACUCGAGAGCUGAAGUCAGAAAUUGAACACCUUCAGAGGAGAAUGGCAGAGCUGGAGAAGCUGGAGGAGGCCUUCGGGAGGAGCAAGAACGACUGCACACAGCUGUGUCUUAGCCUCAACGAAGAAAAGAACUUGACCAAAAAGAUAUCUACAGAAUUAGAAAUACUUAGAGUGAAAGUGAAAGAACUGGAAGCAUCUGAGGACAGGCUGGAUAAAACUGAGCAGAGCUUAACGGGUGAGCUAGAAAAGCUGAAAUCCUUAGCUCUGAGCUUUAUCACAGAAAGAAAACAUUUUAAUGAAAGAGAAAAGCAGAAUGAAAAAAUAAUCCAGGAGCUAACACAGAAACUAGAACAAAACAAUAAACUAAAUAGAGCAGAUCAAACUAGAAAUGCAUCCAACUUGCUAGAAAGGUCAUCCAACAAUCUCCUGGACAGAAAUGAUUUGAGAAUUGAAGAUGACUUGACUUCUGCACUGCCUUCGAAGGAGACCAGGAGGAAGGGAAGUGUGGAUUACCUGAAACAUGUAGAAAAUGAAACCAGAAAUAAAUCAGAAAACCAAAAGAAUAAAAACCAGGAAGACAACAAAGUGAAAGAUCUCACCCAAGAAAUUGAGAAACUUAAAACUCAGAUUAAACGUUUUGAAUCUUUAGAAGAAGAACUUAAAAAAGUAAGAGCCAAAAACAAUGACCUGCAAGACAGUUACUUGAGUGAACAGAAUAAAAACAAACUCUUAACAGGUCAGCUAGAAGAAAUAAAAAUGCAAAUAAAGAAACAGAAAGAUCUGGAGAAUGGAGAGGUUGAAAAUGAAGAUACAAGCUUUUCCAACAGGGGAAAACAUGACCGACCUAAAUACAGAGGUGUCCCAGCUGAUUUGACAGCGGCCAAGCACAAGCCAAGGGAGCUCUCGCCACAGCAGCGCCGGGACAGAGCACGGAACAGAGACUUCUCUGUCAGUAAUGACAGCUACAGCCAUGGUGGUAAGCAGGUGCCCAGUUCCUUAAUGAACAGAAAAGUGGGAAAAACAUCUUGUGCAUCUGCCCUUUCAGACACUGCUGUCACAGAUACCAAAAGACUGGAAGAUAAAUCUUUAGUUUCCACUAUUUCUCCUGGUCAGAAGGAAGGCAGCGUCAUGCAGAACGAGGGGAAGAGAUCCAAAGAGCAGCCGUCUGUCCUCAGCCGAUACCCUCCUGCUGCACAGGAGCAGAAGUCUUGGAAAGCGCCUUCUAAACCUGUUGGUGACACAAGCCUGAGAUCCAAGGCUGAGAAGCCAUCUCAGGUGCUCCGUGGCAGCUGCCAAAAUGGAGCUGACACACGGGAUGAAAAGUCAAGCAAAGAAGAAUCAAUGGUUUCUUUGGCUGAGAAGCUGAAAACAAGCCAGGCUGAAGUCAGUGACUGCAUGGGGGACACGCAGCUCACGAGGGGUAACCACACCUCUUCCAAUGGCACAGCUUCGGCAUACAGGUACCAUCUGUCCUCCCAUGUGUCAGCCUCAGACUCUGCUGGCUCUAAAGUAGAAGCAUUGAACACUUUUGCUGCAUCACACAGACAGCCCUUGGAGGGGAGGGCUAAAAGGGCAAUAAUCUCCCAGGAAAAAGAAGUCACAAACACAUCACUUGAAGGUGUGAAGUUUUCAAUGCUAACAAAGCGUUCCCAUUGCUCCAGGAGUCAGGAAGACAUCCUGCAGAUUCUCACAGGUCUUGAUAAAGAAGACACAGAGCAGUCUGCAAGUUCAGCAACAGAUCAUGUGAAUAUGGGUUUAAAAACUGACUCCAAGACCAUCCAAAGUAACCAGGAAAAGCUUAAUUCAGAUGAAGAAUCAGGAAGAGGCAAAAAAACAACCACUCAGUCAGAUUUUGAAACAAGAAAGAAAGUCAGUUCCAAGCAGAUCUCCAAUUCUAGAGGAGUUUUUAGAGCAUCGCUUUUUGAGAAUGAGAAAAACACUGUAAAUGAUGAAGACUCCACCAAGUGUAUAAAAUCAUCAGAUGCCAGCACUGGAGGAUUGAAAUCCAGAAGGUCGUUCAGCCCGAGAGAAGCUUUGAGAUCAAAAGCCAUUAUUAAACCUGCAAUUGUUGAGAAGGAUAUGAAGGCAGUCAUGGGAGGGACUGUUUCGGAGGCAGAGUCAGAAAAACAGAAGUCUGUUUUUAAAAUGGUAACAAAUAAAAUGACAAGCAGCAUCACAAUCUUCCCUUCUGAGCCAACAGCUCCAAGGACCACUGCAGAUAUAGCAGGAAAGGAAAGGCAUGUUACCACCAGCAACAUCAGAGCAGCCUCAAAUGAGCCUUCACCAUCAAUAACAAACAAUGUCCCCACACCCUUCGAGGUAUCGAUUAAUAAGCGUGCUCUGAAAUUAUCUGAGGUGGACAGAAGUGGAGAGGCAGUGCCGAGGAGUAAAGCCGAAACGGUGGUCUCCAGAAGCAGCAUUAUGCUAAAGACUUCUGAACUCACAGAGAGGAACAGUGAACUGCCUGCAGAGACAAUCAGCUGGAAGAGCCACGGCUCUUUAGAUGCAGCUUCAUCUGAAACAAAGCAUGUCGCUGUGAGAAGUUCCUGGAGAACGAGACAAGGCUUACAGUCCCUGGAGGACUCUCAAACUGAAGUGGAAAAAGGUGCAGCUUCCAGUACAACAAACUUGUGUAGGUCCUCAGUGGACCUCUCCGAAGUGGAAGGGAAUAGUGCAAGAACAGACUCCCUGGAGCAGACCUCAGCAAGGACCCGUGCCACGGCUAAUUCUUGGAGUGCCCCUGAACUGGGGUCCCGAAGGACCAAAAGUAACUUAAGUGCACCUGAACUGCUGACACGCAGGAGCUGUGCGAGCGACCCUACAGCAGCAGCUGCUUGGCACCGGACUGCGCUACCUGAUGAAAGCAAGGAUUUUGUGUCCAGUUCCAGAAGGAAGCAGUACAGCUCUUCUGAGUACCUCUUACAGGCUGACAUUCCAGGGAAAAGGCCAGCCACCAAGGUGGAGCUGCAGGACCCUGAAUCCAACUCCCCUGCACAACCAGGUCUCCAAGCAGAGGAGCAGGGCACUUCCCGGGCCUGCCGGACAUCUCGGAGAUGAGCUGCAUUCCCUUCUGCUCAGUGAAAACAGUGGAGCAAGAGGCAGAACAGUACCAAGCUCCCAGGCAUCACACCUGUUUGUAACCUCUCCAGAGGCUUCAGCUAGUCUGAAACCAUUUUUGUAAUGCGAUUUGAAAGGUACAGGAGCUUUACCAGUGAAUUCUUUUUCUUCAUUGCUGAAGAGGCAGCUGCAGAGACUUUGCUCAGGGGACUCCCUUUUCUCAUCUCUGUACCUGCAAUCUUAAUCUUCCAUAUAGGAUGAUAAGUCUGUCUCCAUAUGGAAACUCUGACUACAUAGCCUCUCUGAACAAUGGUACCCCCUGGACAAGAGAGAAUUUCUUGUUAAUCACUUACAUUCACACAAGAUCCCAGCAGUGUCCCUGUGACUAUGUCCAGCCCAUGACAGCUGUCCUCCACAACUGAAAGCUUUCCGUUCCUUGAGACAUUUUGCAUUGUCCCUAUACACCCUUGUUGGCUGGGGUAGUGGUCACAUCACUACCUGUGUUCCCACCACCCUCUCUCUCUAGGUAGGAGGAGACCAUUCGUCACUGGUUGCUUGUUGCUUUACACAUUGAGAGGGAAGGAGAAGAUGUUGUUUAGAAGCAGUUUGUUUCCUGUUGCUGUCAAGUCUCUGCAACAAGCCUUGCAUGACCUACUCAUCACCAGUUGAGAUCCCACACCAAGAAGCCAUCCAGUGAGCCAAACAAACCAGUGUUGCAGCAGCAACACUUCCUCCUGCUGGAAGUGCUGGAGUGCUAUUUACCCAAAGCUUUAUGUCUCUCACACUCUGCAGGCAACAGCUCUGCAGUUCAUUCUCAGCAAUUGAGCCAUAAGAGAAAAAGAAACAAGUGCUUUUCCUCACAGACAAGCAGAAUGUCCUUGUUGCUUCCCAAAACAGAGUGGAGUCAGCAGGAUUGAACCCUAAGCUGAUUUCCAGUAUAGUUACAGCCUCCAUCUGUGCUCUAUCCCUAUCUACUGUGCCUGGGACCCAGGUGUGAUCAGAGACUGCUUCAAAUAUGGAGAUGUGUCCCCCUGUCAGUGCUCCCAGGCCACGGAAUGCAGUUGGUGUCACUGUCAGGCAGAGAGACCGUCCCUGCAGCUCCAGGAGGGGGGCAGGUGCUGGAGCAGCAUCUGCCCUGAGCAGGGUUAUUGCUCCUGGCUCGCACAUGGCUUGGCAAGUCCCUCCUUUCCAUUCCACCCCCCAGCUGGUGGGCUGGCCUGUACACAAACAGCACUGACCCCCCAGUGCUUCCUGCUGCUUGUGAUUUUCUGCGGAGGGACAGGGAUAAUGUGCCAGAAGGAAAAGGUCCCUGAUGUGUUUCAGAGGUCCUGUGGAAAGAGCUGCACCCCACACUCAUUCCCAUCUCCCACCUCCAGAGAAGCAGGUACCACAGCUGGGUGUCUGCACAUCCCUGUGCUGCAGCUCCUCCCUGGCUGCAAAAUAGCUAUGAAAACACAAGAGGUGUGUUUCAGUGAUAUGAUUAUUUUUUUAUAAAGAUUGUUUGGAGGAAGGGAAAAGUUAUUUUUGACAAAAAGUGUUUCCUUUUGCAAUUUUAAAGAUGUUUUUCCAAAUUCGUAUUUUUAACCCUUCGUUUUAUUCUUUUAUAUGUCAUGACGUGUGAGUCUCAAGUUGCCUAACAAGAUAAAAAGAUAAUGCUUUUAAAUUAGUACUGAGUGGCAACUCUAAUAAUCUUUAAAUUAUAUUAAAAUAAAUUAUAUGAACCACUCUUUGUUACCAUUGGUAUGGCAGUGCUAGUAGAACAAGAUAACAGGAAAAAAAUUUAAAUUCAAAAUCCAAACUAAAAUGAAGUGAAAAUCUGAAGCUAAAUUCAGAUUUCUGAACUGCUUCCCCAUGUGUUUAUCAGGAAGGAUUGGAAAUCCUUGCAGAUUGUGCAGUCUGAAACCACAAUUUCUUUGUAACAAUCCUGUGCAAUGGUUGUGUCCCUCCUAAGCACCCUGCUCUACUCAGCACUCACCGUGUGUCAGGAUCACUGCCAUGCCCAAAAUCAGAUGCUGCUUGAGCAGCAGCAGCUUCCCUUGCCUCCCUGUGCUGUGCUGCCCCCACAGCAGAUCCAGCCCAGCAGCCUGCCCGGCAGUGCCCAGCUCAGCACUGCUUCUCAGGGCUGCUGCCUCUUGACUCUUUACCCCUUCUUUUCAUGUUCCCCUCAAAACUAAAGCUGCUGUCUCAGCAGCCCAAAUGCCUCACAGUACCUGCUUGCUUAACCUGGGGGCAGCUGGGAAGCACCUUGGCAUGCAGCUGCCUCUGCAGUUGUCACAGGGAUUAUUAUUUCCCUCUGUACAUUCCCAAACCUGCUGCUAAGCGGCUCUGCAGCUGUAUAACCUGUACCAGUCACAGUCACUGGUUGCUGCUGGGCGUUGCUGCUGUGCCCCCAGACCGCUGGCACACUGGGGGCUCCCCUGCCCUGGGUCACUCUGCCCAGCUUGUUGUACAAACCAGCAGACAGCCUGCACUGCACUGCACAAGCAUUGCUUUGGGCAGCAACUGAACGGCUUUCCUCCCAGUCCCAGCCCCAUCCUGCUGCAGGGCACUGGUCCACAUCCCACAGGACACCCCUACACAUCUACCAGCCCUCUCCUUGUCUUCCUGAUAUGGAUCCAACUCAGCAUGGUGCUCCCAAGGCUUCAUCCAAGGGAACUGGUUGCAGUCCUGGCCAGGAAAUCUCUGCAUCCCUGUGACACAACACACAGAAUAAACACAGGUUUCCCUGUACCUUCCCACAAAACACUGGCUUAUCCAUCAGCUUUUCUACCCCACAAUUCACCCCAGGAACCCCUGUGUCUAAAUUGCAAGGAAAGAACCACCAGCAGCAACAGCUGUUGGGUUUUCCACUUGUCAUCCAGGACCAGGCUUUGCUAGAACAACGAGAGGGCUUCACCUGGCUGCUCAACUGGCUUAUCCCCAGCUACUGCCCCAGCAAUGCAGAAUUGCUGGGCACUGUCUGCUCUCCUCAAGUGUUUCUCACAAGGUGACAUCUCUCCUUUCUCCAGCUGCCUCAGUCAUUUGUUCAAUAUUUUGCAGCAGAUAUGGUGAACUCCUGCUCCGGACUCAGUCUCACUGCUUGUAAAUACUGGACACAGAUGUCACACUGGUGGUUUUUACCAUAACUGAGAUUAAAUCUGAGAAAGAAAACCCUCUCUAGAACAGAAAGGGGCCAUGCCCUCUGGUCAAUGAGUGCAAUAGGAGCUGAUUGUAUUAUUAACCUUAUAGCAAUGACUUCAGGAAACACAAUGUGUUUACUCAAAUUGCACACUUUUUUUGAACAGCUGUAAAAUAGAGUGUAUGUGUAAAUAUUGCCAUCACUGAAGAAGUAUUUGUAAUUUUAGCAUAUAAAUAUAACCGGCUUUUCAAUAGGCUUGAUGAUGCACAAGGCCACACAUCAAGCCCUUGGGUAAUUCCAAAGUUGUAAAUGUAUUUGCUGUACAGAGGAAGUGUGUCAGUGCUUGCUGCUCCCACAGACACUGAGCUGCUGGUCCCUUUUGGAGAGCCAGUGGCUUUCCCCAGAAGGGCUGGUGCCAGCCCGAGGAGCAGCAGCUUGCUGCUUCACAGAACGGCUUCCUUCAUGCCCAGGAACAGCUCUGCAGCCGCAGAGCUGCCUCUCCAUGGCUCGGGGAGUGUGGGUGGGACAGCUUGGCCACGCGCCCACUGGUGCUGUGCAGUGGGCCUGGCUGUGGGGAAGCCCUGUGGCCCUCCCACAGGUGGGACCUCCAGCAAGGGGAAGGGCAGGAAGCACAGGGUGGGUGAGAGACAUCUGACACAAGCACAUUUCCUAACUCCGGAUCGAAGCAAUAGUCAUGUUGGUGUCACCUCUAACGUAGCAGACCUUAUCUCUGCCACCCCUGCACAGCGUUGGAGUGAUCGGGGCCCUGCUCCAGGCCAGCCUCCUGAGGGCUGUGCUGUGUGCAACAGAACACGAAGCCAUUGUUUGCAGAUGCCUCUGAUGAUCAGAACCCAAGUCCCAAAGGAUCAUCCUCCUGGGCUGCCCCAUGUGCAGUCCCAGCUCCUGCCUUGGGGAAACAGCACUCCAGGCUGCAUGGAAUGUAUUUUUAAGAGAAUAAAUCUAUUUUUUUGUAUUUGCAAACAUAUAUUUGGGCUAGGGCAGCUUAGUUAGAAGACGAAUAAUGCAGGAAAUCUUUUCAUAAUCACAGAUUCAUCUAAGUUAAGCAAAUUUUCCGGGGUAACAUUAUUGCCUUUUUCCCUAAAACAAACUUUUGUGUCCAAAAUAGAGCUAUCAGCACUGUUCCACCCUUUCAGAACUUGCCUGUCUCAGCAUGCUGAGUAGAGGAAAGCCAGUGCUUUCCUCCCUACGCUGCCCAUGCAGUGGAUACUGAUGGUGCUCACCUCCUUCAAGUGACACAGUGCUCCUAGUCUGCAUGCCAAAUGUAAACACACACUUAUCUGCAUGUCUCUCCUGACAAACACUGUCAGUGCUACAGUAUAUAACCAAUAAACACUUCUCUUUUUA